GACUAACGUUACAGCUCAUGCCGGACGCCGACAAUCGGACCCGAAACUGACGCUUCGCAUGGCGGCUGCAUCGGACGUCGCGUCGGCGGGCGACGGCGGUUCUCAAGGCUACAUCAUCGUCAACCUCAACGCCUUCCUGAUUGCGAUCUCUACAGCCCUUGUCUUUAGCCGUGUCUAUGUCCGAUUUUUUAUGAUCAAAGCCCACGGAUGGGACGACAUCAUUGUUCUCAUCACAUUUCCGCUCGUCAUCGCCGUGUCUGUCAUGGAAAUUGUUCUGGUCCGGUACGGGAGCGGAUCUCAUAUCUGGACGCUAUCACAGGAGCAAUUGAAUGCCUGGUUUUCACUGCUGCCUGUCAACACACUACUAAUCUUUUUAGCGGGCGGCUUUGUUCGACUAUCCAUUCUGGCAUUUCUUCCUCGUUUCUGUAUAAACGACGCUCACAUGAAAUUUGUGUGGGCAACUAGCGCCGUCACUAUUUGCACAACUCUUACAGCCAUUUUCGUUUAUACGUUUGCGUGCUCCCCUGUUCAUGAUGCUUUCCAUGUUGAAUUCCCCGACGUACAUUGCGUGGCGAAUCGCACAAAAGGCAUCAUGGUGAUGGCGCACUCAAUCAUGAACACCUGCCUCGAUGUGGUUCUAUUCGGCCUCCCUGUUUGGAUUGUUUACACGACCAUGAUCUUUGACCCCAAAGCCAUCAAGGUGAUUCUUGUCUUUAGCUUUGGCUUCCUGGCUGUCAUCACCGGGAUCAUCAAGACUUCCAUGUUCCUCACGACGGAUUUUAGGACGGAUACAACCUACAAAGCGAUUCGCGUGUGUACCUGGAAUGUUAUGGAAAUGCACAUGGGGCUCUGGUGUGCUAGCUUUCCAGCGCUUCAGCCUCUUCUUCGCCUCGGUUGCACGAAGCUGAAGACCCUCAGCCAACGUUCAAGCUCGUCAUCGCCGAACUCCCAGAGCAGCAGAGGAGAUAGCCAUAGAGGGAUUUUUGUGACCAGAAACGGACCCUCUCAUGACUCUCGCGAUAGGACACUGAGAUUGUCAGAUAGUGAUUCAGCAACAAUGAAUUGUGUGCAUCUGGAAGAUGCCGACAAAGCAAUGGGGACAAAUGUAGAAAUCAUCACUCAUCCAUGGGAGCCUGAUAAGGUGGAAAUAAAAAAAGCUCUCGUUUGAAAAAUACAUACAUCGCAU